AUGGCCUUGUUGGGGGACUGGCUCUUACGCCAUUCGGUGGUCAUGUGUUUACUGCUGCACAGCCUGGUGCUCAUGACCUUCUGCUUCCAUCACGCCGACACCAGUUGCUCCAAGAACUGCUACUGCACGAAGGGCGACACCAGCGGUAUCACAGUGCGCUGUAGCAAACUGAAGCUCACCGAGAUCCCCCACGACCUCCCCAACGACACCAGGCGCCUGUUUCUGGACAAUAACUCUAUCAAUAAAAUACUAAUCAAUGCUUUUGCAGCGCUGCCACAUUUAGUAGAACUGGACCUAUCGCAUAAUGAGAUAACACAGCUUGAGCCUGGAGCUUUCGGUGGACUGGGAUCCUUGCAGUUUCUGGAUAUUUCGUCCAAUAAGUUAGAGAACUUUAGGGCCGAGCCGUUUGAGGGCUUGAGGGCUCGUGCCAAUCUCACCAACAACCCCUGGCAUUGUGACUGUAACCUUCAGAUGUCCCUGCUGCGUGUCGAUCUGGAGCCUGCCUCUCUCACAGGCAUCGUGUGCCACACCGCUGAGCCAGAGGAGAUCGGAGUCCAGGGGCUCGCCUUCCUCCUCGCACCAGACAUAGACCUCUGUGUUUAUAUGAGGAGGACUACAGAUGUGGCCAUGCUGGUGGUCAUGUUUGCCUGGUUCACUAUGGUCAUCUCCUACUUGGUCUAUUAUGUCAGAGCCAAUCAGGAAGACGCCCGCAGACACUUGGAAUAUCUAAAGUCUUUGCCGAGCCGACAGGGAAAGUCCGAGGAGUCUUCAAGCAUUAGUACUGUGGUAUAG